GGUGGGUUUGCUUUGUAGGAGUGUUCGACACAGCGUCUAAUACCACGUCAAACCCAUACAGAAGUCAGUCAAGAACAGAUUUUGCGGCACUCCUUAAAUUCUUCGAUAGCUCACCGCUUUAGAUCAAGACUCCAAACCYUCUAUUUGAGAAAAUCAAGAUGGCUACUGCUGGAUGGUCAACAACUWCAAAAGAAAACACCAACUUUGCUCGAUUGUGUAAAUUACUCAUCGAUGGAGGAACUCAUGUCCUUAGAAAGAUCUUUGAUGCCAAACAUCCACCUCACGAUCUAAAGAAACAUUUGAUGGAUCGCAGAAAUCAUCGUAUUUUGAAGAAUUUGAAGACUACAAACAUACUAAGAGGAGAUCAAUGGAGCAAACUUUAUCCAAGUGUAGAUGCUCCAACAUCUGCAAGUUUUGAUAUUACUCUCUUAAGUCUACUGUUGCGCAAUAUCUGCAACUUGCCAACACCUGCCAAUGGAUGGAGUAACGAGCCCGCAGCGACAAGUAUUAGUCAAGAAGAUGAUAUUGUAAGGGUGAAAUUGUACCGCAACAAACUGAGCCACAUCUCUGAACGAGCGCUAUCAGACGCUGAUUUUAACAAGCACUGGAACGACAUUGAAACUGUUUUGCUAAGACUUGGAGCAGACAUGGCAGCCAUUGAUAGCCUGAGAACGCAAUCAAUGGACCCUGAAGAUGAAGAAUACUACAACGAAUUCUUGAAAGAAUGGGCCGAGAACGAGGAAAGACUAUUGCAGGCAAUCCUUGGAUUAGAGGAAAAAAUGGAAAACCUUCUAAAGACGUCACCCAGCACUAGGCCUGUGAGACCAACAUCUGAAGGUAAAUUUUAAUUUGAAAAAUAACAUUAGAUGAUUAUAAAAUUUUCAGUAAGAAUAAUGUCGUCCGCAUACUCUUUCGUAUGCUUUCAUGAACUUCAAGAAAAUAUACAACUAUUUCAAAAAAAAAACGUUGUCAGGGAGAACGGAGAAAGGCGAUUGUUGAAGGGAGAUUACACGACCGAAAGGGACUAUGGCUACACUGUUUUAAAAAACAAAAUUCCACUUAUUGGAUUCAACUUGCAUAGAAAUGGAGACUAAAUGGUGCCAAAGUUCAUCACAGACUAUCUUACAGUAUAAAUCAGGGUUUUUUUUUCACCAUAAUCUUUAUUAGACAAAUAUUGGUACAUACAUUGCAACACUAGACAACCGCAACAACACAGUUGACAGUGAAAGAAAUCAAGGAGAAGAACGAAAAGCAAUGCACGGGGACAGGAUGUUAUGUUAAUUUUUUACAAGAUAGACCCGGAAUAAUUUUGCUCCAUUUCUUUUCGUACUUCAAUAAAUUAUCAUUUGAUUGGGCUAUUUUGUAUUCAAUGUUUUAUUGUAGUUGGGAAAUUUUUAAGAUGUCAAGUGUAGGAAUUCUUUUCAUGUUUCGGAACUUCUAAAUAGUAAUUCUAUAGCAUAUAAUUA